GCAGCGGAAUUUGGGGCGCUGGGUCAAAUCAUUUAUAGUCGAAACGAGGUCUGCUCUUUUCUAACACGUUGCAACCUUAAUUGCAGGUUCUGUGUUCUUUAAUAUAAGCCACUUGAGAAACUAACUUGAUUUUUUGAACAAAGUAACGAAUUAAAUAUGUCUGACUUAUUCACAACCAUCACUACACCAAACGGUAAGAGCCUUGAGCAACCUCUAGGGUUAUUCAUCAACAACGAAUGGGUAAAAACUGCCGAAGUUUUUGAGACUAUUAACCCCUCGACAGAAAAACCAAUCUGUUCCGUCUAUAGGGCUGGUGCGGCUGAGGUUGACAAGGCCGUUGAGGCAGCAAACGCAGCAUUCAAGUCUCCUGAAUGGUCGAACCUUACAGGAUCGGAGCGAGGUGAUCUUUUGUACAAGAUGAGUCAGAUCAUUAAAAGAGAUGCGGAAGCAAUUGCCUCGAUCGAAUCACUCGAUAACGGAAAGCCUUAUGCAAAUGAGUGCCUAGCCGCUGAUUUAGUUGAAUCUUACGAAGUCUUCAAGUACUACGCAGGUUGGUCAGAUAAGCAUACAGGUCAGUUAAUUGGCUCGCAAGUCCUGGGUAAAAACAAGAUCUGCUAUGUUGAACCUGUUCCACUUGGUGCGGUUGGAGGAAUCGUGCCAUGGAACUUCCCUUUCAUGAUGAUGGCGUGGAAAAUUGCACCAGCUUUGGCAACGGGUUGCACUGUGGUUAUGAAAUCCAGUGAGAUCACACCUCUAUCGGCGUUGUGGUACGGUAAAGUAGCUUUAGAGGCCGGUCUUCCGAAGGGUGUCUUGAACAUCUUGUCAGGAUUUGGUGCCGACGUCGGUUCAGCUAUGGUCAGCCAUCCCAAAUUGGCAAAGAUUGCUUUCACCGGAUCUACAUUUACUGGUCAAAAGAUCAUGGAGGGUGCGGCAAAGAGCAACUUAAAGAAAGUCACGUUAGAAUGUGGUGGUAAGAGUCCAUUCAUUGUUUUCGAUGACUCCGAUUUAGAUCUUGCCAUAGAAUGGGCCUACUGGGGUAUCUGGUAUAAUAAGGGAGAAGUGUGCACUUCUACUUCCAGGUUUUUCAUCCAAGAGGCAAUCUACGAUAAGUUUCUCGAAGGCUUUGUCAAGCUCACGAACGAAAGAGCAGUCACUACCAACCCGUUCGAUGACAAGUGCACAAUCGGGCCUUUGGUUUCAAAAUUGCAAUACGAAAAGGUCUCUAAAUAUGUCGCAAAGGGUAAAGAAGAAGGUGCCAAGCUGUUAUCUGGUGAAUUCCUUGAUGGUCCAGGGUAUUUCUGUAAGCCUUUCAUCUUUGCCGACUGUACUGAUGAGAUGGCCAUCAUGAAGGAAGAAAUUUUCGGCCCUGUUGUUUCAAUUACCAAGUUCAAGACUGUGGAAGAGGCAAUCGAAAGAGCCAACAGCACUACAUACGGUUUAGCUGCUGCUUUGUUCUCCAACAAUAUCACAAAGGCGCACUCAGUUGCAUCGAAGCUAGAAGCCGGUAUGGUUUUCAUCAACUCCAACGGUGACUCGGACAUCCAUGUUCCGUUUGGUGGCUCCAAAAUGAGCGGUAUAGGCAGAGAAUUGGGCUCAUAUGCUCUCGACUUGUUCACAGAAAACAAGGCCGUUCAUGUCAACAUGACAGUUCCAUUCAAAUAGAGAAAGUUUGAAAGGUGUUCAAAUUUACUCCUUUUUACCUUUCCUAAUAUAUUUCAGAACAAAUAACGUCUCUUUUUCGUGUAUAGCUGAUAACCAAAAAAAUACAGUACUUGAAGUUGACCCGGAGC